CAAUAAUGAAGAGAACAUUGAUAUCAAUUAUAAUAACAAUAAUGAUAGUGGUACAUUUGAUGUCGGAGAGUUCGGUAAUGACAAUGUUGACUAUUCUUGUACAGUUGAGACUGAUAAUGUUGUUAAUCAUGAAAUAUCAAGUCAAACAUCUAAGUUAUCCUAGAAAUCUUUGGAAAGUAAUAAUUCUCGUAUAAUCUCUGAUUAUGAAGAUGAAAUUCCAAAACAACAAGUUCCUAAAAUUGAUCUAAUGACACCAGAACUUGCUGCGGCUUUGGAUAGAGCUAAUGUGAGUAGUAGGUCGGCGACUUACAUUUUUGCUGCUUUAUUAUCUAGCCUAAAUAUUGAUUGUGCAAGCGUAAACUUCAGUCAUUUGACUAUUCACCGAGCACGGGAAAAAUUUCGCAAAGAAGCGACGUUAAAUCUGAAAACUAAUUUGGAAACUGAUAAUUAUGUGCUACAUUUUUAUGGAAAACUGUUGUCAGAUAUUACAGGUAUAGAACAAGUUGACCGGCUUCCUAUUAUUUUAUCAUCAUCAGGUAAAUUUCAACUGUUAGGAGUCCCCAAACUAGAAUCUGGAACUGGACAAAAUCAAGCUUCAGCUAUUAUUACAACAGUAAAACAAUGGAAUAUUAAUACUGAUAACAUCAAAGCAUUGUGUUCUGAUACUACGGCGUCAAAUACGCUGUAGUAUUUUGGAAGUUAUAACACCAAUCAAAGAUGAAAUUUUGAAAUUCGUUAAUAAUCAAAUAGAAAUGGAUCAUUGUCGUGACGAUUACCGUGAACUCCUGCAAUUAUCAUCGAUAUUUUUGAGUGCUACUACCACAAAUAUUACAUUUAAGCGUCCUGGAGCCGUCCAUCAUGCAAGGUGGAUAGCUAAAGCAAUAUAUAGUUUAAAAUUUUUUUUAUUUAGAAAUGAAUUUCAUCUUACUAAAUCAGAAAUAGCUGGAUUACGAGAACUUAGUUUAUUUAUCAUAAUAUUCUAUUUAAAAGCUUGGUAUACUGCGCCGUGCGCUAUAGCAGCACCUAAUAAUGAUUUAACUUUAAUUAAAGAAUUAAUUUCAUAUAAAAAAUUUAAUAAUACUAUUUCACGGGCAUGCUCAGAAAAAUUAGCCGAUCACUUGUGGUAUUUAAAUAACGAGUUGUCUGUUUUAUCUCUCUUUGACGAAACUGUUUCAGUUGAAACAAAAAGAAAAAUAGUUCAUGCUUUAAAAAACUGUGAAACCAAUGAAACUACAACGAGUCGUUUUAUAAUCGAUAAGAAAAAUUUAGAGUCAUUAUUAAAUAAAGAUCUUAGUCAAUUUGUAUCUAUGAGAUCGAUAAAUCUGUUUAAAUCGUUUGAUUUGUCGUAUGAUUUCAUUGAUGAGGAUGUAACUUUGUGGCCUCAAAAUCUAAAUUACAAAAGAAACUUGGAGUAUUUUGAGAAACUUCAAGUUGUAAAUGAUGUAGCAGAACGCGGCGUGGCAUUGAUAGAGCAGUAUAAUCGAUGCUUAACGAAAAAUGAAGAACAGCUUCAGUAUUUAUUGCAAGUAGUGACAGAACACAGAAAACGAUAUCCUAAUUGCAAUAAAAAUAAUUUUAUAAAACUGUAAUAUUUUCAA